CACAUCUCAUUAAUAGUAAUCGAGUCAACGUCGGGGCGAAAGAGGAACCAAAAGUACGCAGGAGGCGGAGCUAAAUUACCUAGACGGUUCCGAAAAUCGACGAGGUCAAAGUCAGUGAUGCCACGUGCUCUGUUCCCAACUUCCACGUGUGUUCACUCCUCCAUCCAUCCAUCUCUCUCUGUGCCUACAGGAUUUGCAACUCUUAACAAAAAAAAAAUCGUGUCUUUUCAGUUUAUUCUUUGCUUCCCGUUUGGGGAACUCUCUGCCCAGAUUGGUUUUUCGUGUUGUCUAAUUAGCUUUGAUCAUUGUGUGGGGAAUCCUUUUUCUUCCGCGGUUUGAUUGAUGGGUUCAAUGCUGAAACUGAAGAGGUUUAUGUUUGAAGACGGAAACAAUUACGACUUUGAUAGCAGAGGUGGAGGAGGGAUUGGGAAUUUCGUGUGGUGGAAUGAUAUUCAGGAGUCUGAAAAAGGGCAGCAAGGGAUUUAUUAUACUCUUGCUGCUUCCUACGCAUUGCUCUCUCUAAUCGCCUUGUUACAACUUAUUCGUAUACACUUACGAGUGCCCGAGUAUGGUUGGACAACACAAAAGGUCUUCCACUUGAUGAAUUUUAUCGUUACAGGAUUGAGAGCAAUGUUGUUUGGAUUCUACCACAGUGUCUUCACCAUCAGACCUAAGGUCAUUGAAAUGAUGCUUUUGGAACUUCCUGGUCUUCUGUUUUUUUCGACAUAUACCCUACUUGUUCUAUUUUGGGCAGAGAUAUAUCAUCAGGCGAGAAGUCUUCCCAUUGAUAAGCUUCGGCCAGCAUACUUUAUCAUCAAUGGUGUAAUCUACUUUGUGCAGGUAUGCAUCUGGAUCUCCAUAAGGCUCAGUCACAGCCCUACAGCAAUUAAAUUUGCCAGACUCUUUUUGUCAGUUCUUUCUUUUUCUGCUGCACUGGGGUUUAUGGUCUAUGGUGGAAGGUUAUUCGUGAUGCUGAGACGGUUUCCCAUCGAAUCUCGGGGACGUCGGAAGAAACUUCAGGAGGUUGUAGCUUGGCAUACUUUCUUUUUGUUUGGUCUAUUUCCUUUUUGUGACUUUCAAUCUUAUAUUACAUAGAGCUUCUUCAAUCGUAAUUCAAAAAAUCAGCCGGAAAAGAUUGAAACGAUUCAGCAAUAUGUUCAUUCAAAUUUCCCUUCCUAUCAAAGUCAAAUUGUGAUGCUCAGUAUCUUCUUUGGUAGGUUGGAUAUGUGACCGGCAUUUGCUGCACUUGUUUCUUGAUAAGAUGCUUAGUGGUGAGUUAUUUAUUUAUUUAUUAUUUGACCAAUAGGGAUGAAUUGUUCCUAAAUUGGCGUAUAACUGUACUUAUUACUAACAACUCUUUUUAAUAAUUACUACUAUAUGAUUGAAUAAUAACUUUAUAAAAAAACCACAGGUUGCACUGUCUGCUUUCAAUGAAAAAGUAGAUGUUGAUGUCCUGGACCAUCCUGUCCUCAAUCUUUUCUAUUACAUGGUACACACUACAUCUUUGUGAACUCAAGUUGUUUACUGUCCUUUUUUUUCCCCCAGUAAGUGGCUUAAGGGUACACUUAAUUCACUAAGUGCUGGGUGCAUUAACCCAAUGUGCACAUUUUCCCCAGAAAGUGCUAGGUAUGCUAGUUUGUGUAGUCACCAACUUACAUUGUAUUCAAGACCUCAAUUGUGCUCCGGUGAUUUGUUGUCAAAACAGCACUCAAACCUCCCCGGGAUAAGGUUGUCUUUUAAAAUAUUGCCCCCGAAAAUAUCUAUACAAGCGCACCCAUCCACGAACUCGCACACUGCACGCAUAUAUUAAACCGAUGUUACCAGCAUGACCAAUAAUAGGCCUCACAGCAGUAUAAUGUAGCCUCAGCUUGUUGGGUUCAGAUAAAUUUUACCUGGUAUUGGAGUCUUGAUGAUUGCAUUUAAUGCAUUUGUCAUUAGCUGCUGCUACCAUUUCUUUUCAACUUCCUAAGCAAAAUAGCAAUGCAAAAAAGUUGCAGGAUCUAGCCCUACCAAAAGAUUAGUUUUUGCUCAUUUUGAAUGCUCUUCGGUUUUAUUCUUUUUAACCUCAGAUUGUGGAGGUGGUGCCAUGUGCUAUGGUGCUUUUCAUCCUACGGAAAUUGCCGCCGAGACGUGUGUCGGAUCAAUAUCAAUCUAUCCAGUAAGUCGUUGGCAUCAGAUUCUGAUCAAGCGACAGUUCGACAUAUUCACCAGAAGAAAGUGUACUGUCUGACAAUGGAGAUUUGAAGGAUUGCACGUUAAGCGUCUCAGGUUGCAUUCUUCACAUGGCAAUUUGUGUUCUGGGCAUUUGUAAAAGUUGUAUCCGGCCACCUUCCUUGAGAGUCUGGGCAUAUGUAAAAGUUGUCUCUGACCGCCUUGCCCGAGAGGACUGGUCCGAAAUUGAAGAAAAAUUGAAGAAAAAUUCCCGAAAUUGAAGAAAAAUUGAUUAAUCGGAAGGGACGUUCUUUUUCUUUUUCUUUUGGUUUUUUGGUAAGAAAUUUUUCUUUGAAUAUAUAAGCAUCACCUGAAAGAUUUAAAACAAUCAUUUUUGUGAGCUGAAACACUUUCUUAAGGAACAAGUCAAAACAAAGAAGUAUGGGUGUUGGGAAAUGAAUACUAUAUGGCGCGCAGGAUCUGAGAUUUGUUUAUAAGCUAUAAGAGUCACCCCCCUUACUGUCAAUUGGUUUUGAGUCGGGAAUCAAGUACUUUGAUAAUGGGAGCAUACUGUCAAUUGGUUUUGAGUCGGGAAUCAAGUACUUUGAUAAUGGGAGCAGAAAGAAAACCAAGCUAUAUUUUAAUGUUUAGGUUGACGAUGCAAAUAAAAUGGAAAGGCCAGAUUUUCAGAAUAACUACAGAUUAGUAUGAACGGUAGUACAUAGUUGAAACUUGUACACUAUUUCCGUUUUAAAAUGGUUAUUUAAUUUGGUGUGUAUAUAAAUUCGACAAUUAUUUUACAAUGGAAGGAUUUAGAACGUCAACGGGGCACGUCUAUUGGAGAAAAUGGGAGAGCAUUUCUGAUUUUGCACAAAACACU